CCAGCAAUUUCCCUCGUCUCCACACCAUAAAAGGAGGAGAGUUUCCUGGUUUUUGUCUUCCUCUACUUCCACAAAUCCCAUAUUUUCUGUUUUGGUUUCCUCUCCUUCAUUUUUUUCUUUUUUCCAUAAGAAACAACAACAAGAUUCAAACAAACACCUUCAGCUAGUUUGUCAAUUAAUUUAGAAAAGGGAACAUUUAGUUUUCAGUAGAUUCUUCUUCCCUUUUCUUUGGCUACUGAUCUACGAUGUCAAACAUCACAAGCUGUGAUAGUGGGAGCUUCUCUACAGAGAAUAACAGAGGAGAUAAUAUUGCAGUGAAGAAACAGCAACCAGAGAUAUUUGGUCAGUUUCAUAGUCCACAUUCUCAUGCCUCAACAACGACAACAACAACAACAAAUAAAAGCAAUGGUUCUAACACAAAUUUGCAACCAUCUGCACCUGCUAAGAGGAAAAGGAGCCUACCAGGAAAUCCAGAUCCAAGUGCUGAAGUCAUUGCUCUAUCACCAACCACACUAAUGGCCACAAACCGGUUCGUGUGUGAGAUCUGCAACAAAGGCUUUCAAAGAGACCAAAACCUCCAACUUCAUCGGCGAGGCCACAACCUGCCGUGGAAGCUGAAGCAAAGAACCACCGCAGAGGUUCGGAAGCGGGUCUACGUCUGUCCUGAACCUUCAUGUGUCCACCACAGCCCGGCAAGAGCACUGGGCGACCUCACUGGCAUUAAGAAGCACUUCUGCAGAAAGCACGGCGAGAAAAAAUGGAAAUGUGACAAGUGCUCCAAGAAGUACGCUGUUCAAUCUGACUGGAGAGCACACUCCAAAAUAUGUGGCACGAAGGAAUAUAAGUGUGACUGUGGAACCAUCUUUUCCAGAAGAGAUAGUUUCAUCACCCACAGAGCUUUCUGCGACGCACUGUCUGAAGAGAACCACAAAGCCAAUGAACAAGGACAAUUGCCUCCAAACAUAAUGCAACCAAUCCCAAUCAACACCAAUCCAAACCCACAAAUGCCUCAUGGGGCACCAGAAUUCAACCAUUCAGAUCAAAAGCAUCCAUCACCAUUACCAUUACCACUCCCUCACGAGCUCAACAUUCCCAUGUUCUCUCGAAACAGUACUCCAUCCACAAACAUCUUCGAUGAAAAUGGCCUCCACAUGGCGGCUGCAGCAGGCUCACCCCACAUGUCCGCCACAGCGCUGCUUCAAAAAGCAGCACAAAUGGGCGCAACCGUGAGCGAAGGCGCCCACACAAACAUGGCACCGCCGCCACCAUUCAGUGCAGCAGCGGCGCAACAACAACAGCAACUGCGGCCAGAUGGGCACUCCUUCAUGAACCAGCUGUACAUGCAACAGGGCAUGUACAAUAAUUUCAAUGGUGGUGGAAUGAAUGGCGUGGAUAUGUUUAAUGCUAUAUUGGAUCAAAGCAAGGCUUUAUCGAAGAUCAUAGAACAGAAUAGUAGUCAAAGCAAUAACAAUAAUACUGGAGUUUCAGUUUCUUCAGCAAAUGGUGGGUCGAGUAAUGUUAUUAACAUUGGUGAAAGUAAAGGAAGCGAGGAGGAUGUAAUGACUCUGGACUUGUUGGGGAUAGGAGGAGGUGGUGGUGGUGUUAGUGAAUGUGGUGGUGUGCAUGAGAAUUUCUUUGGUGGUACACAACAAACAGAAGCUGCUACUGCUGCUGCUGAAGAUGAGGUUUGGAGAAAUUGGUCAACCAAGAAUGCAGGGUUUGAAUCAUUUUCAGCAACAAGCAACAUUUGAAAACACCACCAACAAAUAAUAUUCAACCUUUUUUAGUGGGUUGAUUUUAUAGCCCAGUGUAAUAGAAUAGACUUCUCUGGUCCGGUAACUUUGUUUUCAAAUGUUAAAAGAUGGCAUAUCUUCAAGAAUUAAUUGAUUCCCAGUUGACCUGUUCAA